AUGAGCGAGCAAAAUAGAACAGAAGAUGGGGAUGGCAGACAUAACCCGAAUUCUUUUGCGAGUAUUUUAGCAGGGGUUCAGCGCAUGAGAAAGGAUUACGGAAUCACCGAAGCAGCUGAAGAAGGUACGAGUGAUAAUCAUAGUCUUAAUAGUCAAAGAAAUCUGGGACAACUUCGAGAGCACUCUGUUCAUAAGGCUUUUCCCAAAAAGGUAGCGACAACUAUCCCUUCUUCCAAAGUCGGAAUCGUUCGAAGAAGGCCCGAAGUUUCUUCCCAACCUCGUGUUGUUGGGCCAUCAGAAAUACUUGUACAUAAAUCUCAGAAAGGAAACCCAUUAUUAGAGCAUUCACUCAUGAAAAAUACAUCUUGGUCUUACGAUGAUUCAAUUCUAUCAGAUUAUUACAUUAAUCCUACUUUGCAAAUUUUGUUUUUGAGUUUGAAGUACUUUAAACUCCACCCUGAAUAUAUAUGGCAGAGGUUGAAAAAACUCAAUAAGGGCUCCAUAGUUGAUGCUAAGCCGAACAAUAGAGCUUUGAGGAUUCUCUUAGCGGUAGUCGAUAUAGAUUCACAUCAAGAGGUGUUGUGUAAUUUGCUGGACAUUUGUAUCAAACAUGAUUUGUCUCUCGUCUUGGCAUGGUCAUUCGAAGAAGCUGGAAAUUAUAUUGUGUUUGCCAGACAAUUGGAUGAUGCACCUGCUAAGAGAAGGGCAGCAGUCGAGGGUUUGAAGGCGUCGGAUUACAAUUCUUGUGUCGUCGAUUCUCUUUCCAGCAUAAGACUGAUAAACAAGACUGAUGUGUCAAACCUACUCGCAAAUUGCAAGUCGAUAAAAAAUGUGAUCUUGCGGAGCUGUGAAGCUCGAGACGGUAAUGCAUUGUCAAAUAUUGGCGGGUUAGGAUCUGUCAAAAUUGGAAACAUGAAGCUGGUAUUUCUGGAACCUUUUAUAUAUAAUAAGAAUUAUGAACAAUAA